AUGUCCAAGAGUGACACCACGCAAACGGCUACUUCCAACCGCGUAGCAAAUCCAACUUCCUCCUCGAAAUUUUCAUACUCGUCGACGAUCUUUCUCGCCUCGAUUGCGAUUGUGCUUCUCCAGCAGUUGAUCACUCCCUUUUUCACCGCAGACACACCGACCACGAUUCCACACGGCAUGUCGACGACGACCACCGUCAGAGCUGUAUCUCGACAAGUGGCGAAAAAGGUGCGCAGUAUCGAGACGGCGGAAGGAGCAGGUGCAGUGGUGCGUCGAUCGAUCGGUACGCCGGCCCUGCGAAACAUUUCGCCGUUCCUGAUGCUCGAUCACUUCCGCAUCAGCGAAGGCGCUGGUUUCCCUGACCAUCCCCACAGGGGCCAAACGACCCUCACGACGUUUUUGGAAGGGCAUGGUCUGCACGAGGACUUUGCAGGCCAUACUGGAACGCUGGGGCCUGGCGACGUUCAGUGGAUGAAUGCAGGCCGUGGAAUCAUGCACGCCGAGAUGCCCGUGCACCGCGAUGCUGCCGGCAACAAGCUACCCGACCCCGUGGGGCUGCAACUCUGGAUUGACUUGCCCAAAGAGGCCAAGACCGAGCCGCCGAGCUACCAGGAGUACCGCGCGGCGCAGAUCCCCACCGCGCUCCCCUCCCCCGAUAAAGAAGCGGAUGAGCACGGAUGGAAGAUCAAAGUCGUCGCCGGCGAGUCGCACGGCGUUCGCAGCCCCAUCAAGCUGCCCAAGAACGGAGGCGUGCUCUACCUCGACAUUCAACUCGAACCCGAGGGAAGCGUCUACCAAACAAUCGACCCGCGCUACAACGCGUUUAUCUACACCCUGGAAGGCAGCAUUGUCGUCGGCGACCACCCCACGACCUCGGCGGCGUCGAGUGACGAGAAGGCAUUCAACCCCAGCACAGCGGUUGUGCCAGGUGAGGCCGUGCCACCGUACCAUACGCUGGUCCUCACAAAAGCAGCGGAAGAGCCAGGGGUGUGGAUCAGAAACGCCAGUGGCGAGAGCGGCGCCAGAUUUGUGCUGGUGGCGGGAGAACCCUUGGAUCAGGAAGUGUACCAAUACGGGCCGUUUGUCAUGACGAACAGGCAGGAGAUUCAGCAAACACUGGUGGAUUUCCAGACGGGAAGCAAUGGGUUUGAGAGGGCUCCCGGUUGGAAGAGUACGAUUGGCGCGAGCAUGCGGUGA